UGUGAUGAUAUUCUGAGUGUGGCGGACUCACAGAGAGAGCCUUUGUACAAAGUGAUGCAGAUUCCUGAGCUGAGUACAAAUUGCCACGUGUCCUAGUUUUCCUCCUUUAGUUUAAAAUCGAGGACAUGGAGCCUUUAGGGGAAACUUAUGCUGCAGAACAAUAUCACUGUUCUUCGUGAUAAGAGAGAGUGAAGUGAGAUAUUGCGGUGCCAUUCAUCCUCAAGCCUGUAGUGAGGGCUUAGAGUGAGACACAAGACUUCUGAAGAUACGAAGGUGACUGGGAGGACCCUCAACGAUCUCUGAGUCCUUCAAUGCUUUGGUCUCAGCCUACUCAAUGUCAAUGCAUGUCUCCCACUCAAAUGCCAAGCAAGAGCUUCAUGUUUAAUAUUACACACACACGCACACACACAGCCAGACAUACCAAACAAACUGAAUAAAAUGAAGAAUCAUUGAUUCACUUUAUAGCUUCAAGUGUAUGAGUUCAGAAGGCUUAGACUCGCCCCACAAGUCCUCUCCAGGAUGUCAGAGAACUGCAAGGUUACAAAGCUUUAUCCCUCAAUGGUGGGCUCUACGUGGGGGACAACGCUGCCCCAAGAUGGGUGCCAUGCACCAAAGGGUGUGUUCUGACUCCAGGAUGUCUAUUUGACAAGGUGGAACAACAAUGGCGGUGCAAAAAAGUCCAGUGCAAACCAGCCCAAGUCCUCACGCUAGACCUUCAACAAAGCCCCAUCCAUCCUCCUUCCAGGCUCCCUCCUUGGAUGGCUGGACCUGUCAGGGGCUGCGAUCCAGGCCAUGAGAGUCCACAGGGUGCCACAAGGAUGCUGCCCUCACUCUUUCCCUUUGUGGUCCUAGCCUUUUUGAGAAGUACUAGGUCAAUGACUCCGACUCCCCACCCACAACUGUCAUCCUCUGCAUACUCUGGACCUUCACAUCUGCAGGCAGGAGUGUAUCUUAACUUUUUUGGAUCCACACACCAGGUAGUAGGGCUGGGGGCCUGUAGGAUUGGAAACAAGCUUGCACGACGAACCCUCACUCUCUGCCAUUUCCAGCACUGCUUUUUGUUUUCUAAGCCUCCUCCUUUUCAAGACUCAUACAAGGUAUAGAACCGGGAAUAGGUAGGUGGUGGACGCCCUGACUCUUGACAGAAGUCCUCGCUGAGACUCCGUGGGGGCCGCCAGGGGGCGCAAUUCUCUGUUCCACUUGCCUACAUUGCUCAGGGCGUUGCCCUGGACCCUGACCACACUGCCUCUGCCUAGCACUUCUUGUGAAGGAUCUCGCUGCAGAGAUUCACGGUGAGACUCCACCCUCGGGUGUCCCUGAAGGAUUUCUCAUUCUAGUCCCUGUAACUCCCAGCCAUGUGGCUGUACCUGGCGGCCUUCGUGGGCCUGUACUACCUUAUGCGCUGGUACCGGGAGAGGCAGGUGGUGAGCAACCUCCGAGACAAGUACGUCUUCAUCACGGGCUGUGACUCAGGCUUCGGGAACGUGCUGGCCAGGCAGCUGGACCUGCGAGGCUUGAGGGUGCUGGCUGCGUGUCUGACGGAGAAGGGAGCUGAGCUGCUAAGGAACCAGACAUCGGACAGGCUGGAGACGGUGAUCCUGGACGUCACCAAGACAGACAGCAUCGCUGUGGCCACCCAGUGGGUGAAGGAGCGUGUGGGGGACAGAGGACUCUGGGGCCUGGUGAACAACGCUGGCAUCUCUGUGCCCACGGCACCCAAUGAGUGGCUGACCAAACAGGACUUCAUGAAGAUACUCAACGUGAACCUGCUAGGGGUGAUUGAGGUGACCCUGAGUCUGCUGCCCCUUGUGAGGAAGGCGAGGGGCCGUGUGGUCAACGUUGCCAGCGUCUUGGGUCGUGUGUCCUUGUAUGGUGGGGGCUACUGCAUCUCCAAGUACGGCGUCGAGGCCUUCUCGGACUCCCUCAGGAGAGAGAUCUCCCAUUUUGGCGUGAAGGUGGCUAUCAUCGAGCCCGGUUACUUCAAGACUGCUGUGACCGAUGCUGAGAUGAUAUCUAGGACUUUCCGGGAGAUAUGGGAUCGGGCCAGCCCAGAGGUCAAGGAGGUCUAUGGGGAGAAGUUCCUGGUAUCCAGCAUGAAAAUGAUUGAAUUGAUGAAGAAACAGUGUACGCAGAAUCUGUCCUUGGUGACGGACUGCAUGGAGCACGCCCUGACCGCCUGCCACCCUCGCACCCGAUACUCAGCUGGCUGGGACGCCAAGUUCAUCUAUCUUCCCCUGAGCUACAUGCCCACCUUCCUGGUGGACGCUAUGAUAUCCUGGGGUUCCCCACGGCCCGCCAAGGCCCUGUGACCCAAGACUGGGGUUUAUGCGUGGGCAGAGCUGGGUAUGUGAGGGAGGGGAUGCAUCAGCAGGAGAAAAGUAAAGUGGAGUCUUUUCACUAUAUUUUCAGUAAUGCUUUUUAAGUAAAAUUAAGUAAUUGAAUUAAAGAAUAUGCAUUUCUUUAAGGCUAAGGAAAGUUUUUGAGCAGGGGAUGGACUAAUAUUGCAGGGCUUUCUUUUCUUUCCCAUAUAUCCAGGGUCAAACUCUGUCUGCCCUCCCCCCCACCCGACUCCCCGACACCGUCUCCAGCUCACCGAAUACCCUAUGCCUUCUGACUUGAGGCUAUGGGUCUGAAUCACAAUCUUUGUUGCAUCUUUUCUCCCCGUCUUUUUCAAAGAGUUUCUCUGAAAGGUGAUUGGGCUGGGGACGUAGGGUGAUGGGCUGAGGGUGGACUUUUGGGAGGGUGAAAGGAAUCAGUGACACUUUCUGGGGCCAAGUGUGCAGUCUACAUUAGGGUGUGGCAUGAGGCCUUCUCGCCUCCUCCCAAAGCCUGCCCUGGGUAUUCACUGCUGGGUGAACUUUGGAAUUUCUCAGCACAGGGAGAACUUGGCUUCCUUAGCAGCUAUUGCCUUGGAAGUGAAGCAGGUUGUUUCAAAACUGUCCCCUGAUGUCUAAUGAAGUCCUUUCUCUAAUUACCCCAAUCUUGGGAUUUCAAGUGUGUCUUUCCCAACCAGGCUGUGGAAAGUAAUUAUUCAUGGUUUUUCUUUUUCUUAUUUCUUUUUUUCCUCUUCUUUAGUUUUCCCUGAAUUUCAUCUGUCUCUUACCUAUUUCUCUCUACCUGUCUUUGUCUCUCUCCUAUAAGGUAUUGCUGAACACUGCUCUAUUGUCUCAAACUCUGUGCAUGCAUUUAACAAAGAUGGUUUUUUUGCCUGUUGGGUUCCAGGCACCAAGGAACAGAAAAAUGAGAAGUAUCAUCCCUGCCAUCCAGUAGCUCAAAGAGUUUGCAAACCAUGACACUCCGUAGCCACCAUGUCCCUAUUACCUCUUCUCUACUCUUUUUCCUUAUACCAUGUAGCACAUUGUUGACUCAAUAAAUAAAUAAACUUAA